CCAAACAAAAACAAAAAGUUUUUUUUUUCUUUUUAUCAAUAGUAAAUUACUAAAUUUUACAGCCCCCAAUACUUCUCUCAGAGAAUCUCUGCAAAGUGAGAUAAUCAACCAACUUACUUCAUCUUUCUCUUUCUCUCUCUUCUUUCUUUCCUCUCAUUCAUAUUUCUCUCUCUCCAAAUACCCAGAAAAACCCAUCUGGGUAUUUCUGAUUUUCUCUUUUCUUUUCUCUAAAGUUUCAAUCUUUCAAUCAAAAAUCCAUUCAAAAAUAAAAAUUCACUAAAAAAAAAAAGAAAAAAUGGAGAUCCCAGAACAAGUAAUGAAAUUUAAAUUCCAUAUAAUUUUUGGAACAAUAUUAUCUGUUUCAAUCUUUGGGAUAAUCCGAGUUGCACCACGUUUUCUUGAUUUAUUGGUUUAUUUUUGGCCACUUUUGGCUUCAACGGCUCUUUUUUUAGCUGUUGUUGUGGUGUUUAGCCGUGUAUCACCACCGGCUACCGAUGGUCCUGGUGAGAAAGCUGCUGAAGGUCUAUUGGAUUAUGUUGCUGGGCAACCGGAAGUUGUAGGUGAAAGUUACAAGCAUGAGUGAAUGAGUGAGUGAGAAAACAAAAAAAAAAAUGUAAAAGUUGUUUGUUUUUAUUUGUAGAGUAAAAUUAAAUUUCCUAUCUCCCCCAUAUUUUUAUUUUUCUAUUUUCUUUCUAUUAUCUUUUAUUUUAUUUUAUUUUAUUUAGAUUAGAUUUGUUAGAGAUUAUAAAAAAAAUGAAAUGUAAAUUUUAAGGGGGAGUAAUAAUAAGAAUAAUAAAUAAUAAUGAUGAUGAUGUUUUUUUUGGAUAUUAA